AUGUGGCUCCCGCUCCUGAUGCUUCUCGUGGUCUUGCUCGACCUUGCAAGUGCCGUAUCAGUGCCUCGUCGAUUGAAGAACUGCACCCCCAGCCGUCGAUGUCCGCAGCCUUUCAUGAAACGAAACGCCACAGCCGGUUCCGAUACCCUUUCCCUCGACAUCGAUCCCGACCUCGUUAACCCGGUCUGUGGCGGGAUUUACGAGGCUAACAUCAAUGUCCAGAGCGCACCGGACCCGUUCUAUCUCACCCCAGUAUGCAACAACAUCCUGAGCUACAUCGGCGGCCCCAAGGGCGAUAAAGACGUGGACAUCAUCUUCACUUGCGCCGGGUUCAACAACUCUGGCACGGGAAUUCGAGAUGUCAAAAUUGUAUUUAGCACUGAGGACGAUUCGCCGAUAGAUGCCGGCAAGAGCGGGACCCAGCUGAUUCCGGCGAACAUGGAGCUUGUGGCGGAGAAGCAGAAUGUGUUUUUCAGUUCGGCUGUGAGCCUCGGGGUAAAGAUGAAGGGCGGGACAAGCGAUAUCGUUUUUCAGUACAUCUAUUGUUGA